UAAUAUACUAAUAAAAAGCGAACAACUUUAUUUACUUCUGUUUCGUUCGUCUGUCUUGGUCUUUUCAUUAACACCCUUUGAUCUUCUUCUUCUUCUUCCUCCCUGAAGAUUAGGGUUUUGUAAUGUGUUUGUAAGGAGAAGAAAAAAAACAACAAUGAUAGGAAUCUCGGGGUCAAUUGCGAGAGACGGGCUCGAGACCGAACCUGUGUCUCGAUCUCCUUCGUUGGCUGAUGGAUCUCCUCCUUCUGAUCUCAAUCACGCGGCGGAUGUCCUCAGUAAGGAGUUAAAGAAUGUGGGUCUGGAUGAAGAGAAGAUGACGAGUGUCCCUGGCGGUGUUGAUUCGAAAGCCCUAGAGGAGGAGGAAGAAGAAGAAGAUGGUGUGAGCGAGAAUGAGAGUGAGGCGUUGUAUCCGGUGAGGCCAGGAGCAGAGGAUUGCGCGUUUUACAUGAGAACUGGGAGCUGCAAAUUCGGAUCCACUUGCAAAUUCAACCACCCUCUUCCAAAUCCCACAAACAUCCAAAUUGCUAGGGAGAGUAAAGUAAGAGAAAAGGAAGAGGAUGCUGAUAAAAUGAGACUCAUGGAUUGCAAGUAUUACUUCAGGACAGGAGGUUGCAAAUAUGGAUUAACUUGUAGAUUCAACCACACUAAACCAAACUCUGAUGUGCCACCCUCUGCACCUGAGCUUAACUUCCUCGGCCUUCCCAUCAGACCUGGAGAGAUAGAAUGUCUUUUCUACAUGCGCAAUGGCUCCUGUAAGUUCGGAGCUGACUGCAAAUUUAAUCAUCCUGAUCCCACAACUCUUGGAGGAACCGACUCUCCGUCUUUUCAUGGUAACAAUGGUGGAUCCAUCGGAUCAUUUUCCCCCAAAAGCACAUUCCAACCAAGUUCAACCUCAUGGUCUUCACCGAGGCAUGCCAAUGGCACAGCUCCUUUUAUUCCAUCCAUGUUGUCUCAGAGUCGUGGAGCUUCAUCCCAAGCUCCCGAGUGGAUUGGCUAUCAGGGUACUACUAUGUAUCCGUCAGAAAGGAGUGUGUUUUCUACUUCCACCACAUACCUUAUGAACUACUCAUCAGCUGAAACAAGUAUUUUCACACCAUACAAAUAUCAAAAACCUGCUGAGGAGUUUCCAGAACGUCCCGACCAGCCUGAUUGCAGUUAUUAUCUUAAAACCGGGGACUGUAAGUUCAAGUUCACUUGCAAAUACCAUCAUCCUAAGAAUCGAUUGCCGAAACAGCCUCCUUUCGCUCUCAAUGACAAGGGCCUUCCCCUUAGGCCUGAUCAAGUCAUCUGCACACAUUACAGUCGCUAUGGCAUCUGCAAAUUUGGUCCAGCUUGUAGGUUUGACCAUUCCAUCCAGCUCCCGGAUUCGACUGGAAGCUCACAUGCUGUAGUAGAACCUCCUCAGCUCGGUGCUAAUGGGAAUGAAAGUGACGGUUGGAAUUGACCACCAAGCUUCUUUGUUCGCUUCUUCUCCACCAAGCACGGAAGUUUAAGGAUUUCAUGAGCUUACAUAACUGAUACAUUUUGUCUUUAUAGUGGUUUUUUUUUUUUUUUUUUUAAUUUUCGUCACAAACGUUUAGGUUAAAAAACUACACUCUCUGAACAAUAUCUAUGCGGCAAGCCUAUCCUCGGUGCAUUUGACAGAUUUUCACCAAAGAACUUUUGUAAUCUAUC